AGCCAAAAUUCGUCGCAAUAGUCAGUCUCUCUCGACUCUUUCUGAUUCUCCUCCCUCUCUUAACUUGACGCCCACGCGACACCUUUUGGAUCGCCCACUACCCGCCACCAUCACCCUCCCCAGCUCCGCAAUUACGGAGAGCUCGCUUUCGGAGCCAGGAACUAGUCUCUUUCGGUUCGCCAAGUCGUAAAAAACUUAAGGUUAUUGAAGGUAGUUGAGCUCUUUGCGUAAGGAUGAUUUACACAGCGAUGGACAAUUUCUACUUAACUGAUGAGCAACUAAAGGACUCGCCUUCUAGGAAAGACGGUAUAGAUGAAGCGACAGAAACUACUCUGCGAAUCUAUGGUUGUGAUCUCGUCCAAGAAAGUGGCAUCUUGCUUAAACUGCCUCAAGCUGUAAUGGCCACUGGCCAGGUUCUAUUCCAUCGUUUCUAUUGCAAGAAAUCAUUCGGCCGCUUCAAUGUGAAGAAAGUUGCUGCAAGCUGUGUGUGGCUUGCGUCAAAGUUGGAGGAAAGCCCGAGGAAAGCAAGACAAGUGCUUAUUGUUUUCCAUAGAAUGGAAUGUAGGAGGGAGAACUUACCCAUAGAGCAUUUGGAGGUUGGAUCGCAGAAAUAUCAUGUCCUCAAGACUGAUCUGAGCCGAACAGAAAGGCAUAUAUUGAAAGAGAUGGGAUUCAUUUGUCAUGUUGAACAUCCUCAUAAAUUCAUAUCCAACUACCUUGCCACCCUUGAAACACCUCCAGAACUGAGGCAAGAAGCUUGGAAUCUAGCAAAUGAUAGUUUGCGUUCAACUUUGUGUGUUCGGUUUAAGAGCGAGGUUGUGGCUUGCGGGGUUAUCUAUGCUGCUGCUCGUCGCUUCCAUGUACCCCUUCCCGAGAAUCCUCCAUGGUGGAAGGCAUUUGAUGCAGACAAGUCUGGGAUUGAUGAAGUUUGUAAGGUUUUGGCUCACCUUUACAGCCUUCCUAAGGCACAGUACAUUCCAGUCUGCAAGGAUGGAGACUCGUUCACAUUUUCUAACAAGUCAAAGGAUUCACAGUCUCAGCCCAUUCCUAAGGAAGUUCUGCAGACUAGCCCUACAGCUAAUACCAAGCCAGCUUCAGCAGCAGUUAACCUUGAAUCUGUUGGAUCCAAGGAUGUACUGGUAAGAGCAGCCAUUGACAAGCUGAAGGAGUCUAAGAAAAGUGAGGAUGAGCCAAAGAAUAUGCCUGUUGAGGGAGAUGCAAGAGAAGAGCCCAUGCUAAAAUCCAAUCCCGAGCACAGAGCAGAGGCAAGUAGGGAACGGAACAAGGAGAGGGACAGGGACAGGGACAGAGAGAGAGAGAGGGAGAGGGAGGACAGAAUAAAGGUCCGUGAUCGUGAUAGGGGCAGAGAUUCUGACCGGGAACGUGACCGAGAGGAAAGUGACAGGGACAAAGACAAAGUCAAGGACCGCAGUCAUCGAUCCAAGGAUAGAGGAAAGGACUCAGGGGGGCAUUCGGGGAAGUCGAGACAUCACUCAUCACGAGAUCGUGACUACCACAGUUCCUCUUAUUCUUCAAGGGAGAAGGAUCGCCAUAGACAUCAUUCAUAUGCUUAAACCCAUACUUUUAUGUAUAGCUAUCACGUUUGGUCUGUGUAUGAAGGAAAGACUUAACAGUGGGGAUAAAGAGAAUGAAAAUCUGCUUUAUUCAAACAAUAACGAUUUUGAGUCGAGAUUUUCUAAACGUAUUUUGAUAAUCAAUCUCUGUACGAUUCCAAACUAUUGAUCUUCUACACAGCCAUCAAUAAUGGCGGUACAACGCCUCUCUUGUAGAGCUUUUCUCAUCUCCCGGCCACCUGCAAUACUUUGCUGAGGCCCGAGAGUUGUAUUAUUGUAUCGUUUUUAACCUUUUCCGCCGUAUUGCGUUAUUAUAGGGGGGUUAUGGACCCCCACCGGGCCGGAAGUCGUGCUCGUCUUUUAUGGAGUUUAGGAACCCAUGCAAUAAGUGGUGGCAUGCUUAGACGGCCUAUCAGCCCUAUCCUUUCCUUCCUAGGCGUCUUAAUAACGAGCCUUCAACUUGUUUUCACCAUUAGUCGACUGCCAAAGCGCAAAGUGCUACGAUGGAAGGAGCCUGGAGUUGGGACAGAGAUGAAACGUGAAAGGAAUUGCGUGAUGUUUGUGAUUAUGCUGAUUUUGGGGGGUUAUUUUAUUCGGCAUUAGCAUAAGACCAGGCAGCUUAAAUAAGAUUUUGGAAUUUGGAUUCCCCGUUCAAAGUCAAACUGUGACAAAGAAUAAAGAAGAAAGAAUCGAGGAAGCUAGGCCUUCAAUACAGUUUGUGACCAGAGAUAUAAAAACAAAACAAAACAAAACAAAACACAGAAGAGAGCCAUGGAAAAAUCUCUUUGUAGGGAUUAGACGUGUAGUAUGGAUGAAAGUGCAAGAUGAUGCACAGCCAUGGAGGUUAUGAACAAAGAUGGCAACUGAAUUGGGAGAUGAAAAUAUGUAUGACGAUGAUUUAUUUCCUGGAAUUUAACAAUACUAAGCAUGGCAAGGAAAAAGAUAAGAGAAACAAGAAUUAAAACGGAAAAAAAAAAAAAAAAGACUUG